CCAAAACUGAACUGGUACUGUACUGGUGUUUACAUCAGUUCCUCGACAGUGUCACUAUGUCACACCCUGAUGCUGUGACAACAGCUCCCUGCGGGACUGACCAGUUUGCCAAUCUGCGGAUGAACAUGUGUGAUAUUCCACCAAAGAAAAGAAAAUGUGAUUUUCAAAUGACCGGAAACCAGCUUGUUACUCUCAGUAGUCCAACCGAAAUAGUUUUGAAAUUACCUCAGAAUACCUCAGCCAGCUUUCCCAUUUGGGGUUUGAUACAAGCAUCCCAAGCUGAGGUGGUUUGGAAUGUGACACCUUAUAAAAUAGACAUAAGGAUAGUUCCUUUAAAUGCCUUUAAACCUGAGGUUUCAGAGCCUAGCGACCAGGUGGCUGAGCAACAACAAAGAAGUGGUGACUCUUUUUUCAUAGUACAUGAAUCAGUCCCUAAUUGGGGCUCCAUCUUUUAUGACCCAGUUCAAGAAUCGACCUUUGAUAAGCAGUACCAAAUAGGCAAGACACAAAUCUGCGACCAAUUCCUUUUAGGAUGUUGCUCCCUGGAUUUGCGAUGCCCUCUGCACCACACACCGUUUCCCUUCCACUGGCAGCUGAGACGGAGGGCUGGGUAUCAGUGGAUCAGUGUGUCCCAGUCAGCACAGAUUCACCUUGAGAAGCUUUACUGCAAUGCUGACAGCGAUGAAGCAAUUCUGAACCUACUUGACAACGUCUUCACCCUGAAUUUUGACAGCAUGACAGUUUGUGAUUCUGACAAUUAUGAUGAAGUAAGAAGGCUCUCAAACACAACCAAAUCUAACUGUAAUCCACACUUUCCUACUGUGUGGAAGAUGUACUGGAGGAAUGAUUAUGACUUAUUCGUUGAAUAUGAUGAGUCUAUUUCAAGGCAGCUGGAAGAUGCAAUUCAGAACAGAGCCCUCAAGUGCACAUUCACACAAACAGGUCGACAGUAUGAGGUGGACUUCUCCAACCUCAAUCAAAAGAACAUAGCAACAGGAUUCAUCCGUGAAAUUAGACGAAGACCUGUCUUCCGGUCCCUGCCGGCACUGCAGCCUCAUCUAAAGACUUUGAGCCCUAAUGUUUUUCCAGGACAUGGGGAAGCGCAGCCUCAGGUUUGUUUGGCUGACCCUCUAGAAGAAUUCACAUGUUGGUAUCCCCCUGUCUGGAGACCUGGGCCCAUAGAGGAGGAGUUCACAAAGAUUGAAGUCAAACUCUAUGAAAAGGCCUACCUGAAAGUCUAUGAGCUGUUCCACAAAACCUUAUCCGAGGCAGAUGUAGAGAUUGUGAACAUCUACCAAAUCCAGAACACUUUUCAGUGGGAUAAAUAUAGAAGACAAAAAGAAUACAUGCUUGCCAAAUGUGGUGAAAAUAAGGAACGUACCAUUGAGCGUCAUUUAUUCCAUGGAACUACAACAGAUGCCGUGGAUAGAAUCUGUAAGAACAACUUUGACCCCCGUGUUUCAGGAAAGAAUGGGAGUGUGUACGGCAGAGGAAGCUACUUCGCACAGAAUGCCAGCUACUCGAAUGACUUUGCUAAACCAACUGAGGAUGGAUUUCAAUAUAUGUUUUUGGCCAAAGUUUUGGUUGGAAACAAGGAUACUGGAAAGUCUGGAUACUACCGACCACCACCUCUUUUACCAGAUAAUCCAACCAGUGAUUUAUACGACUCCUGUGUAAAUAACCGCACGGACCCAACAAUAUUCGUUAUUUUUGACAGCUGCCAGUGUUACCCUUACUACCUCAUCAAAUACAGGUUUAUGUCUGAUGUUGUCAAUAUAUCUGAAUGGAAUAUGUAACUAGGCCCCAUUCACAUGGGAGCGAUUGGAGCAAAUAUCCGCUCAAGGGAGCAGAUCGGAUUGAUGACCCGUGAAUUGAUGACCCGUGAAACAGUCUCGGCUCGCUUAAAACGAUCAGAAAAAUAGGUGGUCUUGGCUAGUUUGGGCAAUCGACCCUGGUGCGGAUCGAUUCUUUUUGCUCUGUGUGAAUGCUAACCUGUCUGGGGGUUGAUGGUUUAUAAUCACACCAGCCCAGGGCUCACACGCCAUGUACGAUCAUAUUUAUUUAAACACUUCAGUCUUCAUACACUGUGAAGUUUCUGCACGUUCUGCACGUUCUGGAAAUUAGAUAUAUUCUACGGAGUCAUUUGGUAAUAAUUUUCAUGACAGUAGCCCCCCCAACUUCAUUGUUAUUUGCCAUUAUCUAAACAUACCGAAAAAUACAGUGCAGCAUAAAAAUUAGUUGGGGAUUCGAUGUGAGCUUAGCUCGUUUGAAAUUCAUGUGAGAAUGCUAAACGAUCUCGGUCCAGCAGAGGGCAAACGAGCCACCAAACGAACUCGGCUCGUUUUCCCGGACUGUCCUGUUUGAAUGCUCCGCGAUCUGAGCUCAGAUCGUUUUCUCAAACGAUCUCAUCUCGGGUUGUUUGCAAUCGCUCCCGUGUGAAUGUUGUGUGGUCAACGUCCAUAAUACCUAGAUGACACAAAAUUAGCAUAAAGCAGAAUUUCAAAUUAUAUAUAAAUACAUUUCUAUCUGCAGCAGUUUCUCCAAUUCCAAACCACUUGAUAUUGUUACCGU